AUGAUCUUGCAUACUGACGGCUCGUCAAUUGGUAAUACGGGUCCAUCCGGCUUCGGAGCCGUCCUGCGCAAUCACGAGGGGGUAUGGAUCGAGGGGAUUUCGGGUAACUUAGGUAAUGCCGACAAUUCUCUGGCCGAGGUGGUCGCGAUUCUCGAAGGGUUAAAUUUAGCAGUGGCUCGGAGGUUCACAACUCUCACCUGUUACUCCGACUCGCAAGAGGCUCUCCGGCUGAUUCAAAGGGCAUCCGUAGUAAAUCAGAAAAUUCCGUUGCCGAUAUCUUGGCUCGGAGAGGAGCCAAGGAAGAAGCGUUCUUUACGCCUUGGGCUUUUCCCCUAG